UAUCACUUCCCUGUGAGUAGAGUAAGAGAGUUCUGGCUUACACUUGUUCAACUCAAGUUCAUGGUUGAUCAUUUCCAGAAAGCAAUCCAAGUUCCUGACUUAUCUCUGUCUUUUUCUGCACAGUGAGAGCCAUGCUGUACAUAGAGAUGAUCAGGCUGUGGGAUGAAGCAGUGAAGGCAAUAGACAUCCAUCACUGGCACGACGCUCUCUCCAAGCUCAACCAGAUCACUGAUCACAACUGUCGAACUCUGUUUGUGGUUGCUUCGGCACACAUUGCUCUGGGUCAGGUGGACCUGGCCAUCAAGGCAUUAGACCAGGUAAUUGCAAAGGAUCCGUGUCUUGCUGUUGGAUUUCUUCAGAGGGCUGCAGUUCAUAUGAUUGCAAACAGACUAGAGGAGGCAUUGUCUGAUUGUAUAUGGGCUCAGAAAUACAUGAGGGGAAACCCUGUCAUUGACUAUAAACAGCUGGGUCUACGAUAUAAAAUGUACAGUUGGCAGGUCCUUUAUAACACAGCAGCAGUCCACUCUAAACUGCAGCAAUGGGACAAAGCCAGGGACAUCUUGCUGGCAGCGUCACGUGAGAGAGGAGGAGGGCGGGUCAACCUUAUAGACAAGGCUUUAGAAACUGUUUCUAGCAGAGAGGUUUUGGCACCUCUUCUAGUUCCAGAGGGUGAAGUGUUUCGUCCCAGGAAGCAGGAGGUAGAGCAGCUGAUGCCAAGGGACUUUCUGGGUGAAGCAAAGGUCAUCACUUCUUUGAUUCCAAAUGAUGACUUCAGAGGCUUUGAUCCUCUCAGACCACAGAAACCAGGGUACUAUGAGCCAAAGGUAGAAGAAGGCCAGGACUCCCAUUACAUGAUAACGAAGAGUGCAUAUGUGGCAAAAGGGCCAGGGGAGUUAACAGUGCCUGUUGGAGCAGAAGUGUUUGUGUACGGUGAUGAGGACAGAGAUGGACUGGCAAUAGUCAUAUAUGAUGGAAAGAGAGGUCUGGUUCCCAAGUACCUACUUGAUGCAAGGGGCAAGAAAAACAAGGGUAAAAACAAGCGAAUUGAACUGGCCAAUGGCAUCCCACACCCACCAGACUUAAAACCCCCGAAUCGACCCCAAGGUCCAUCUCAACCUCCAACAGUAGGUGGUGAAAUGCACAAAGAAUGUGAAUUUCUAAAAACAAAAGAAGAAAAAUGUGAAAGUGAAAGUGGGGAUUGUUUGUGUUCUGCAGUAGAAAGUCAUACACAUCUGGGAUGGCAUGAUGAGUUGCGCUCUUUCAAUGCCAGUGCUACCCACACAACUCCUCCAAUGAACAGCAACUCCACCCGCGUCCAUACCCAGCAGGCCCCAAUUGUCAGGCCAGUCAUUGUCAAGGUGCACUACACAUACACCAUGGCUCUGAAAGUCCCUUUAGAAACUCCAUUUUGGGACCUGCAAGAGAAAAUCGCUCAGAAAUUAGGACAGCCUGCAACGAACAUUCGCCUCAGAUACAGGAAGCAUGGUACCACAGUACUGACACCAUUGGAUGGAGAUGAUGGACUGGAUAGCCUUGAGGACGUGGCUGAAACAGGACGUGCCACAAUUUGGUGUCAGACUGAGGACCCUCUAGCCAACAGGACCAUUCUCUAUCAGAUGGUGGCACUGUAUGACUACUUUGCACAAGGCCCAGAGGACCUAGAAUUCAGUGAAGGGGACACUAUUGAUAUUCUCAGUGAAGUGAAUGAGGAGUGGUUAGAAGGCCACAAUGCUGGAAAUAUUGGCAUCUUCCCUCGAAGUUUUGCUCAUCGGGAUACAGACAGCAACAAUGGGGCAUAAACAGUUGGGCUUAUAACUGUUGAAAUGAAUGACAGUAUUUAUCAGAAGGCAUUUCUGCUGAAGUGAAGUGAUUCCAAAGUGUGCCUUCAGCUAAUAUCUCAGUGAAAGUGAACAAGAACUUUCGAGCAUUGGUUUAAACAGAUUAAAUCAUAUUAAAUUAAGUCAUUAAAUGUCAGUUUGAUGGUAAGGAAGCUGAUAAGAUACUUUUGUUUCUCCCUUAUUUUUUCCUGAUCCAAAUCUCCCGUUAUUACCUUUUCCUUGGUUUACAGUAUCAAUAAGGUGUACUUUUCCCUUUUCUUGAAGAGAUUACAGCUACUCUCUUUAAGUGCUGUUAACUGGAAAGUAAUAGCAUUUGGGAAUUUAAGCUGUCUAAAGUGAAAAAUACUGUAUAAUGGUAUCGGAAUGCCUGAAUUCUUUGUAAAUUAAAAGCCAACAGGAGUCUUUUGGCUCUCUUUGCAGAGCGAGUUCAUUUAUUAUGAAUAGAAAAGGUACUUUCGGGUACUUUCAGAGAUCACACAAAAAAAUUGGCCAAAUCCAGAGUUUUAAAUAGUGUUCCAUGGGAUGCCAACUCUGGUUUACAUCAUUACCACCCACUUCCCCUUAACCUCCAACUGAAUUGUAUCUAUCAUACAUAAACUGAACAGCAGUGCUAAAGAGAAAAAUUAUUUAACUUACAUCACAGCUAUACAAUUUAUACCACUGGCAGAUUUUAUUUCAGACUUGGUCAGAUGGCUUUUAAAUCACCCUUUUCCUGUACAGAAAGCUGAAUACACCUCAGUGAGGUAUCUGUAAUGCAGUGUUUAAUGGUGUGGUGUGCUCUGUCAGACUGGGCACUGGGGCAUGUCACUGCAGCAUACGGACCUUCUGCUCUUUUAUAUUGCAGUAAUUAUGGGCUUGGCAUCCCCCUGUGUGAUGCACUUUUCCCUCAGUUCCCAUUAAACAUUCGGUCAAUAAUUAAAGCCAUACCUCAUCCUAACUCUACAUUUACUGAUCAAUUCUUCCCUCCUGCCUUCUGUUACUGUUUUUAUUUAAAUAGUGAAAAUAGUGUGUUUUGUUUAUCAGCUGUUGUAAAUAGUGUUGUAUAAGUGUCAGGGAGUUAUACAGCUUAACAUGUUUCAAAGUGAAAACAACCUUGCAGCAGUUUUUAUAGGGGAAUUAAGUGAACUGUACUUGGGUCUCAGUAUACUGCAGAUAACAGGGUUAAAAAAUAAUGGCCUUGACCACACACUGUUGUAAAUGUUACUUGUUUAUUUGGUAUAUCAAUAACUCACUACUCAAAAGAUCAUAUGAUACUCUUUAUCCAGUAAGUGGAAAGCAGAAAACAGCCAAUUAAUGGUGUCAGAUGGUAAAUAGUUGGCUAUUUGAAUACUCUGUUUAAAGACAAGUACAGGAGUUACUCAAAUAAAUUAUUGAAAACCCUCUACACGCAGUCUUUUUAAAUCACUCACUGUCUUUCAUACAUAAAUGUAGGAUAAUUUAGGUAAAGGAAGAUAAAGAGGGACAGAGAGAGAAAAAGGGAGAAGGUCACAAACAGAGAGGAAGAAAGAGGAAUUAUAUAUUGUGUUUUAUCUGGUAUUUUGUAUGACUAAGGUGGUUUAAUUAUAGUUACCUAAUUGAAUUUCUGGAAUGAGAAGUCCAUUUGGAGUGCUGUGAGUGUGUAUGUGUGUGAAAAGUGAGUCUGUACUUUAUGUACAGUAUGACUUAUAACUGAAGUGUAUAAUGCUCUCAAUGCAUUUACAAUGCAUAAAGAUGAAUAAAGAUCAAUGAGUGUCUCUACUGUCUCAUCUAGACCCAUUAAUUGUUCAUUAAUUUUUGCCAGUACGGCCUAAUGCCAGAAGCAGUAAUUGCACAUUAACGAUGAAUUUGACUCAUUUGUCCCAAUGGCAGCAUCUUAAAGAGCUGUAAAUCAGUGGGUUGGAGAUCAAGUAGGAUAAAGAAAAGUCAGCAUAUAGGGAGUCUUUUGGCACACGUAACAAUAAAAAUAAAACAUGUAUAGUUUUAUUUUUCAUCUUUAAUCUUAUAACUACUCUUACUUUAAUCUUUUUGUUCAUUUAUUACUUUAAAGUUAAUAUAUUCUUUCUAAGUUUAUUUCUUACUUCAGUUGUAUUACUCUGUAAACUUACUCUUUUCUUAUAAAAAUACAAAUAUACUCCUGAGACCCAAACAUGACUGCUAUGUUCAUUUUCCAUUUCCCUUUUUGAUUUGUAACUAGUAGCACCUAAUAAA